GUUUGUGAUUUACUCAUCGACAGCGGUUGCACGGAAAAUGUCGUUUCGCGGGCUGUUGUUCAAGCUUUGCAACUCAAGACUACGAAGAACCCGCAUCCCUACAAGAUCGGAUGGGUUAAGAAGGGAAUGGAGAUCUUAGUGACAGAUAUGUGCCAGGUACAAUUCUCGAUCGGAAAACAUUAUAGCUGUGAAGUGUUAUGUGAUGUGGUGGAGAUGGACGUGUGUCAUUUAAUUCUUGGCCGCCCGUGGCAGUUCGAUGUAGGUGCUAUAUAUGAUGGCCGAGCCAAUACGUAUGCACUAGACUGGAAAGGGAAGCGGCUCAUAUUUUUACCUCAUGCUGCGGGUGCUAAAGGCUCCCCUGAUAAUGUUCGGCCGGCAUUACAUUUAGUCUCGGGCAGCUCCUUAUUAGCUCAUUGGAAGGAGGAAGUGCCACUGUACGCCUUGGUGAUCAAGGAAGAGGCUGCCGAUAGCACAGUUGGAAUUGAUCAGCCUGCCCUUGAGUCUCUGCUGACGCAGUUCCGAGAUGUUCUGACUGAAUCUUCAACUCCCACAUUACGGCCUUUGAGGACCAUACAUCAUCAAAUUGAUUUUAUUCCAGGCUCUACACUACCAAACCUUCCACAUCAUCGCUUAAGUCCGAAAGAGCAUCAAAUUCUCCAGCAGUUAGUUGAUGAGUUGCUGAAAAAUAACUUGAUCCAACCCAGUCUCAGUCCGUGCGCUAUACCCGCACUCUUGGUGCCCAAGAAGGAUGGAAGUUGGCGAUUAUGUGUUGACAGCAGAGCCAUUAACAAAAUCACUGUCAAGUUUCGGUUCCCUGUACCGCAGAUUGAAGAACUGUUGGAGAAGUUGGCAGGAGCGACUAUUUUCUCAAAAUUGGAUCUCCGUAGUGGCUACAACCAAAUUCGCAUCCGACCGAGUGACGAGUGGAAGACGGCCUUCAAGACUCGCCAUGGGUUAUACGAGUGGAAG